UUCGAAGUUGAACUAGAAAAUAAUGCUGAAGGAAAGUGGGGUGAAUAUUUCAAGGCAUGGGGUGUGACCCGACUCAGCAAAUACGAUCUAUGUCACGGCAUGCGUCAAGUGGCAGAAAAAGCGAGCACGUUUUAUGAAAUCCAACUGGCUUUUUGUGCUACAGACUUUUCCGAGUUGGAAGAAGUAUCAAGCGACAGUGAGCUCACUUUGUAUUUCACAGUGAGCAGCCUGAAAAUGGAUGUGGACGGCUGUUUCAGGAAAGUCGGAACUGAGUUGCAGACAAUCUUCAAUUCGCCUCCUUCUGGGUCUGUUAAGGAAAACCGGGCUAUGUUGAACAAGGUAGAGAAAGAAGGAUCAAGCAGCGAUGUUUGGAGUUCGGACAGGGAGUUUCAAAUAGCCGUUGGCAAAAAGUUUACCGGGGCGGAGAAACCGAAGGCAGUAUAUAGCGUUCCUGUUGGAGAGCUACCUGGUAGCACCUAUAUUGCCGUCUUUGUGACUACACUACCGGACUUUUCGGACAAAGAUGGUGAUACUGGGUCCUCCGAAAUUACUAGUUGGUGGCCGGCUCCGAAAUCGAGAGAAAAGAGGAAACGUCCGAGGAUGAUUGCACAAGUGUGUGACACAACCACGAAAAAUUCCCUCACCGUCAUUCAACUGGACACCAUACCUGCUUUUUCGAGAUCGACACCGAUUUCAAACGUACAGCGUUAUGCUUUGAGUCUUUUGGAUAACGCCGAUAAGAAGGCUGGCCCACCAGGAAGACCCAGUGCCCAAGUUUCCACCAACCUUGUGCUCUAUUUGAACCCAAAUUGCACGAAAUUAGUUAAAUACAUUCAUUUGCAUACCAAAUUGUUUUUGACGGGAGACUUAGCU